GUCUAUGACAAGGAACUCCUUUUGUCCGGCAAAAGUUCCGCUGUGAACGAAAAAGGAGAAAAGGAACCAAGGUGAUCAGACAUCUUCCGUGCUGACACGAACUCUGCAAGUCAUCUCGAUUCUCGAUUUUAAGAUGGUCGAACUAUCGAGCCGGUGCCUUGCUUUCGCCGAAGGAGUGGUGACCAUAAUAUGCCCAAUGCUUCUCACUCUUUCACUCAAGAAGGACCAGGAGCCUGUCCUUCCAGUGCACAUCCUCGCCGUCGCCGGUGCCACCGUAGUAACCGGCAUUUGCCCCUUGCUGGCAUGCUGCAUCUCCAAGACCGAGAGAUGCCGUACGGUUGGUGCAAGAUGGCCAUCGGUGACAAGGGGAUUCGCCGCAACCAUCUCCUCCACUUGCCUCCUCGUCCUCGCCUGCUGGAUCGCACUCCGUCUCGUCUCCAAAAACUUCGUGAUGUUCGCUGGGUACGUGUCGGGGGUUGGGCUGUUGCUUAGAGCAUUCUCCUACUGGACUUGUAGCACCGCCACCGAACAAGCACUACUUCCGGAGAUGAAUGGAGAUGCCCGCGUUGCAAAGGAGAAAGAAGCAAAAGAGCUUCGAUCUAUGGUCGACAAGUCACAUGAGCUCUUGUCCGGUGUCACCGGGAUACUGUUCUUGGGGUUGGGAGGUCUGGCGUUGGAAGGCCUACUGAGUACACGCAACGGCGCAGGGGAUGCUCUGAAAGUGCACAUGACGAUCGGCCAUUUGAUAUGCGCUUUUGGAGUAACCCUGAUGUUCUUCCCGAUGAUUCCUCCUCGUGCAGCUGCAAUGAAGAUCUGCAUGGUGUAUGUCAGCGACGUCACCGUGGCUGUUGGUACCGCCGCACAAUUGGGGACCAUCAUGUUCAAGCUCAUGGGGAGAAAAGGCUUCGGGUUCUUGGCCUUUCCUUUUAUAAUUUUGCUUCAACUCAUAUACACGGUCAAGAUCAAGCCGUGGAGAGCUGCUGCACAUGAAAAUGGAGGGAAGCACCCAACCGUUUCUCCUCCCGAACCCAUGGGCGGAAACCAAGGUGAAAAUGAAGGGAGCCACCCAACUGCUUCUCCUCCUAGGCCCAACGAUGGCGACAAAAAAGUUGAAAAUGGAAGGAAGCACCCAACUACUUCUCCUCGUGGACCCGUCGAUGGCGGCAAGCAAGGUGAAAAUGGAAGGAAGAACCCAGCCGCUUCUCCUCCUGGACCCAUCGAUCAAGGCAGCGACGGCGACAGCCAAGGUGAAGAGUUUAAACUUGCGCCGAUGGGACUGACAAAAGUUACCUUGACCGGAUUCUUGGCUGUGUCGGUAAAAGCCAUCAGCGAUGGCUCGCCAAGCGAGUGGACCGUCUGGUUCCUACUGUUCGCGGCGGCGGGCAUUGCUUCCGGCGUAUCGUGGAGGCUCCUGACCCACAACAAGAGCAAAGUGGGAGGGAAACCUGCCGUCGAAGAAGCUGCCAACGUUGCCUCCUUCUGCACGCAUCUCUGCGUCGCGGUCGCCACAGUUCUGUUCGCGGUGAUGGCCUUUAAAGCGGGAUCUGCCAAGGAGUGUGCGCAUGUGUCUCAAGCGACGUUUGUGCAGCUCAACAGCACUCAUGACAUGCAGAGGGUGAAGGAUAUCUGCAGAUGUAUUUCCUAG